GGAAGCGCCCGCCCCAGGUCGCGGCCCGCUCGCUGCCAACGGGCCGGCCGGGUAGUCGGCGACGCGCCAGGACCCCGAUCGGGGCCGCCCGACCCCCGACUCCCGACCCCGACCCUCCCGGCGCCGCCCGCAGGAGGUGCGCUCCCAGCGCGGACGGGGCUGCGGGCGGCGGGGCCCUGGGAGGGCCGCGCUCCGACCUGCUGCGGCCCCCUCACCGCACCCCCACUCCCCGCCGGCCGCGGGAGCGCGCGCCCGCACGCCACGCCCCCCGCGCUGCCGGCCGCCCACGUGGCCGCGCUUGCACGUGCUCCGGCCUGCCGGGGCCGCGGGUGGACACCUCCGGCACGCGGGGCGCCGAGGACGAGAGGGCUGCCUCCGCCAUGAACCCGCGGGGCCUCUUCCAGGACUUCAACCCGAGUAAGUUCCUCAUCUACGCCUGCCUGCUGCUCUUCUCGGUGCUGCUGCCCCUCCGCCUGGACGGCGUCAUCCAGUGGAGCUACUGGGCCGUCUUCGCCCCCAUAUGGCUGUGGAAGCUCAUGGUCAUCGCGGGCGCCGCGGUGGGCGCGGGCGUCUGGGCCCGCAACCCUCGCUACCGCGCGGAGGGCGAGGCCUGCGUGGAGUUCAAGGCCAUGCUGAUCGCCGUGGGCAUCCACCUGCUGCUGCUCAUGUUCGAGGUCCUGGUCUGCGACAGGGUGGAGAGAGGCACCCACUUCUGGCUGCUGGUCUUCAUGCCGCUCUUCUUCGUGUCCCCCGUGGCCGUGGCCGCCUGCAUCUGGGGCUUCCGGCACGACCGGUCGCUGGAGCUGGAGAUCCUGUGCUCCGUCAACAUCCUGCAGUUCAUCUUCAUGGCCCUCCGGCUGGACAGGAUCAUCCACUGGCCGUGGCUGGUGGUGUUCGUGCCCCUGUGGAUCCUCAUGUCGUUCCUCUGCCUGGUCGUGCUCUACUACAUCGUCUGGUCCCUCCUGUUCCUGCGGUCCCUGGACGCGGUCGGGGAGCAGCGGAGGACGCACGUGACCAUGGCCAUGAGCUGGAUCACGAUCGUGGUGCCCCUGCUCACCUUCGAGGUGCUGCUGGUGCACAGACUGGACGGCCACAACACCUUCUCCUACAUUUCCAUCUUCGUGCCUCUUUGGCUGUCUCUGGUAACGCUCAUGGCGACGACGUUUAGGCGGAAGGGGGGCAAUUAUUGGUGGUUCGGUAUUCGCAGAGACUUCUGCCAGUUCCUGCUGGAAAUUUUCCCAUUUUUAAGAGAAUACGGGAACAUUUCAUAUGAUCUGCAUCACGAAGAUAGCGAAGAUGCUGAUGAAACAUCACUUCCAGACGCUCCUAAAAUUGCCCCAAUGUUCGGAAAGAAGGCCAGGGUAGUGAUAACUCAGAGCCCUGGAAAAUAUGUUCCCCCACCUCCAAAGUUAAAUAUUGAUAUGCCAGAUUAAGCUCUACUUCUAGGGCGGGCCUGUAAGUGGAGUAGAAACCCUAUAUAUGUACACGCACACACAUCCCAAGCCCACCUUACUUUGGCCUCUGUGUUCAUCCAUCCCAAACCUGGUCCUGGAAACAGGGCUCCAAACACCUUCAUCUCACGCCUGUUUGAGUUUGAUGCUUGCACGUGACUCCUCAGUAUGCACCAUAGUUGGAGGCUAUUUUAAUACAUGGCUGGGGUGUAUGUGGUGUGUACACAUACCUGUGUGAGAGAACUCACUUUCCUGGUCAGUGCUUAAAGUGCUAACUGGGAGCAGUAAGUUGAAUUAUUUUGGUAGGUCUUCAGAAGAAAUAACUACAUAGCUGUUUUUAAUUUUUUUAAGUGGUAACAUACGUAUGAAAAGCAUUGUUUAAAAAAGUAUUUUUACACAUUGCUAGUCUAAAAUUGUAUUUCAGAUUGCUCCUGUUGUGACAUGAUCGAUAGCAAAUGUAAAGAAUUCCUUUUCCCACCAGUUGUUUAUAAGCCUCAUAGUUGUUCUUGUUACUGUUUGGACCAUUUCUUUAGGCUUUACUGAUACUGGUCUUUAAUAUCCAAAUAGAUAUUUCUAAUGGAGCGAACCCAUGCAUAUAUAGUAUUUAUAUGAAUAUUUUAGCAAUGUAAUAUGUUGAGCUCUGGUUCUGUGCAGUAAAACAUUAUUUUUUCAGCUUUUAUAUUAAGAUAUAUGUCAAUUGCAGGUGUCCUUAAGAUUGCUUAAUAUGUUAAUAGGUACCCAGUGUGGGGUUUUCAGGGAUUGGAAACCCUGUGGACCUCGGCAUUCAGGAGUUAAGUGGCUCAGGUCUGAACAGUUUGCACGUCUUUCCUAGUACCCGUCAGGAGAGGGAUGAGCCACUGCCCUUUGGGAACAGGUGGCAGGCCGGCCCUGGGUACCAAGGCACAAAGUGACACUGUUAAUUGGCACAUUGAAUUUUUGCACAUGAGGUAGUAGCAUCUCUUCAAGAACAACCAAAAUGAGUAACAAGUGGUUUGUCCAUUUCUAAGAACUUUAGAAUAUCAGUUGGCCAUAAGAUAAAGCAGAACCCCACAUUGGAAAACUGAAGAGAGUGGUCUUAGCCAAAAACGGCCAACUGUAUUGGGUAUUAUUUUAAGGUCCAAACUCUUUGAUGUGCCUGCAACAAGAAAACAACAGUUCAGGUUAUUUUUUUUUAAAUAAAUAUAAUGUUUCUUUAGGUCCUGGUGGUAGAUCAGGGACUCGGGGAGGCAGAAACCAGAUCCUGUGAGAGUGAUGUUCUUCUGACUGAGACCAAAUAAAGAUUUUUAAAAGGA